UUGUUUUGUCGCGAUUGUUCGCUGGUCUGUCCGAGUAAUGGAAGCUGCCGCUCAUUUUGCUAUGGUAAAUAUGCCCUUGGGGAAGAGCUAGCGAUUAUUAUUACGUGAUUGAACCUCGGGAACUACGUCAAGGGUACUAUUGAAAAAUUUAAUUUUCAUCAUUUCCUAGUAAGAUAAAAUACUGUACAUUACAUGGGCAAAUUUGUGUAUUUUCCUUACAAUUUAGGUGAUACAGUUUUAUUUGCUUUGAUAUGCAUGUGAGCAUGAUGGAGUCCUCUUCUCUUCCAUUCGGUAAUCAUUCUGGACAGAAUAUCACCGAAACACGUUCUGAAUUGGCUGGACGACAGUCGACAUACAUGACAAACAUGAUACUUCCAGAUAUGGUUCAGUCAUCAAAAAAUUUUCCACUUGGACCUGAUUGUAUAAUAACAUAUGCCGAUGUUCCGGAUCAAUCAGUACUAUUGAGUAUGGAUUUGUAUUGGCUUAUAUCAUUAGAAAAUGGAUGCGUUGAAUGUAAAGUUCAUGUUAGUGAUACAUCAGCAGGUAGGAAAGCAAUCACACAUGAUGCAAGGGUCAUUAUUACACGCAAGCCAAGAAGAUUUGAGGCAUAUUGUUGCGGGGUAUGCAGAGCAAAUUUUGUUACAGUUGUUCAAGCAUUAUUACAUAUGAAGGCAUUUCACAGACAGAACAAAAAGAUACUCAUUCAAGAUCAAAAUGUUUUUCAUGAUAUUGAAAAAGCUAUGGAAGUUCCUCCUGUACCAUUACCAUGGUAUGUUGCGAAACGAGUCACUGAACAAGGCAUCCAGAUUUCAAAUAUUCAACCUGUCGGUUCAUCAUCUGAUAGUGAUACACCGACAACCAACGCUGGCUCUUUUAAUGAAGGGGAAGGCAAUCCUGUCACUGUUCUAUUGCAAGCGAUAGUAAAAGAAUAUAAAAAACCUGUUCAUGCUGUUCUUUUUGGUGAAGAUUUUGCGGAAGUUAAAGUUCAAUUUGAAGAUAAAACUUCACUUGUUGCACAUUUGCCUGAUCUCGUCGGGGGCGAACAAAUGAAUGAAAAUACAGAAAUAGAUCCAAGUGCGAAACUGGAGUUUCAAAUCCAACGAGUGAAAACCGAGGGAGAUGAAUCAGAAUCCUGUAUAGUACGAGUCAAUAAUCCAACACUCGCUCAGCGGUUAAUGGCAUCUGCUUUAAAACAAGGUGUAGAACAAGGCUCUGGGACCGAUCUUGCUGGUCAAGAUGAAGAAGGAUCUUCUAAAGAAACAGAAACGGAGAAGUUCUCUUCAAGAAUCGUCAAACAAAAUGAAAAUUCUCAUGUCAGUUCUUCCACUGGUGAAAAAGAAGAUAAACCCGUUGAUUCUCCUGCUCCAGCAAUGAAAUUGAACAGCAAAGGAAGACCAACUAAAACUGUCAGAUUCAUGGUUGGAUCUCCAGAUAGUGAUGAAGACUGCAGCAGUACUGCCAGUGAUAGAACAGGGGGUCGUGAUAGUGUUUCACCUAAUACAUCGAAUGUUGAAAAAGAAACAACUGGCUCCACCAGCUCAACUACAGAAAAUCAAGAAAAACAAAAUUCAACUGCGGAUGAGAAAAAAACGUCGAAAGAAGAUGAAGGCUUGCAAGGAGUGGUGAACCAACUGAUAUCAACAGCAUCAAAAGGAAUAAUUGCACCUGUCGAUCCUGGAUCUCCUGCUAAUACUUCAACUGUUACGUCUUCUGCGAGCGUCCGAGAAGAAAUUUUAGCUACAGCAGCGUAUCACGCAAGAUAUUUGCCAAAAAAUCGUUCAGUUCCGAACUUUUCUACUUUUACUAUGCCAACGUCAUCUGUCACAGUACAACCUAUUUCCAUCAAAUCAGUAGAAGAUUUAUCAAAACAAGGAAUGAUAAGAGUACAGUCAUGGGGAGGAGGUGGAGGGGGGGAUCCUCAAAGGUUCUCUCUUUCCACGUACACGCCAAAUACACCUCAAAAUUUUGAUCACAUGUCAAGAGAAGAACUCAGGAAGUCGUUUGCUGUUGGGCGAGCAUUCACGUAUGCUGAAAAAAUUCGUCUUAUGAAAAAACUAAAUGAUGAAGAUAGUCUUUUAACGCAAGAGCAUGUCAGGGGUACAGGCAAAUUAAUCGAAUCUGAGAUCCAGUCAUCAAUAAAGAAAUCAAGAAAAUCAUCUUCAUCAUCAAUAUCAAAUACAACAGAAAGUUCAAUUCCUGUCUCUCCCACUGUGACGUCAACGACAACUAUUGGUAGCAAAAUGAAGUUGAAGGUUUCAGAAUCAGAUCCUGGUCAAGAAUCAAUCAAAAGGAAAAUCAUGAUUGUUGAACCACAACAACCGGAUGUAAAAAAGAAAAGAAGAAGCAAAUAUGACGUUCCUAAAUUCAUGCAAAAUCAAGAGUCUGGGGUAGACAAACUUCGACCUUUCGUAAGCACAGGAAGUAGAAAACACAACUUGAGUAGUUCAGAUGGAUCUAUAUCAGACAGAGAUGACGAACACGCCGAAAACAACACCAUGGAUGAAUCUGAUGAACCGCCAUCCUUAUUCGACAUGAUGAGAGAAAAUUUUCCUGCUGGACUUUUUGCGGCUCAGGCCGCACACACCCCUGCAACAUCGUUUCCUUCUAUGCUUUCCUCUGAAUAUUAUGGAUCGGGGGAAUGGGCAAGUGCUGCCAUGCAGACGUUGCAUAAUUUGCAGACGACAAUGAAAUCUGCUCAGUCAUCUGAUCAAGUCGUUAGUAAAAGUGAACAACACAGUCGUACAGAUUCACACACAGAAGAAGAUAGCGACAGUCGGUCUUCAUCACCUUUUGUUAAUAUAAAUGUUUUAAAUAUGGCAAAUCCCGGUUCAGAAACUUCAACGUCCUCAUUCGUUCCACUAUCUUCUGCGACGUCAUUAAAAUCUGCGAGCAGUGUGGACACUAUUAUGGCACUCGCAAAUCAAAUAACUGCCGAAAAAUCUCAUAUUAAACAUUUAUCUCUCCCUUCUGAGACAAUUAGGUCUCGUUCGGAGCGCAAAAGAUCACUUUCACCUCUUCUCACUCAAGAUGAGAAAGAAAUGAUUAGGGCGAGAGCGGGGCCAAGCGAAGUGUCAAACAGUAAAAAUGGAAAAGAUAACAAUUUAAAAGUUAUUUCUAAAUCAAUCUCGGAUUCUAGUUUGAAACGAAGAACUUCCGGCUCGGAAUCAAAAUCAUCUUUCAAAAUUGCUGAUAAAGGAGAUAGUUUGGAAUUUAUGAAAACCAUUACAACAUCAUCAGUGAAGAAAAAUACCGAAUUAACGAUGAAAUUUUGUAAAAAUUCCUCAAAUGAUUCCGACAGCAACACAGAAACUUCAACAAACAGCCAUGAGCAAUUGUUCCAAAACAGCGUUGAGACUGUAAUGAAAGUUAAAUACAUUGAAAAAGUUAAUAUGUGUCGGGUAUGCGGAUUUUCUUUACUCGUUGAUGAAAAUAAUAAUGCAACUGCAAUGAAGUCACAUGUUAUGGAACAUUCAUUGAAAGAACUUAUACAAGCUGGUUGUAAUGGAAAAACAACAUAAUAUGGGAAAUUAGGGUUGUUAACUUGCAAUAGGCCGCAGUUAUAAUGAAAUUAGUUUCUGGUGCUCAAUUUUCAAAUUGAUUUAAGAUGUAUUAAAAAAAGAAUAAUUUAUAUAAUGUAUUCUAUACUGAGAGUUCUACUUAUGACUGCCAAGUAAAUACUAAUGAAUGGGUCUUUCUCUUUGGUUAUCAUGGGUGUACCAAUAGUAUGUUUUCGGUACUUGCCUAUUUGCGGCAUAUGAUUUUUUUUCGUUUACUCAAAUUUUGAACCCGCACAAUUGGAACUUGCUCAAAAAUUGAUUCAUAAACGGCGACAGGGGUAUUUGAAGACAACUUGAGUAUUUGUCACGCAUUACAAGCAAGACAUACAAAGAAACAUUAAAUCUUGCAUAGCUGAAGUUAUUGAGAAAUAAAAACCAAUUUCAUUGUCAAGAGGGUAACUCAAGUCAGGUUAUAUGAAUUAACCAAUAAUGCGUAAAACUUUCUGGGUAUAUAUAUUUGCUCAUAGGCCAUAUUUUAAGUUUUUUUUUUAUAUUUUUCGAAUUAUUAAUUAAAAUCAAAUAUUGAGUUUACUAAUCUAUAUGAAUUUUUCUAAUAUGGGUCUGCUCAGUUCCUGUGACGUAUAAGUAUAAUAGAAAUGGCACUUUUUAACAUAAUUUAAAUUCGUUUAUCAAGGAUUAAAUGCUGAUUGUCUCACUUACCAGAUCGAGAGUUGUCCGUCAUGGCCUGGUUCAAUUAUAUUGUGUCGAUUAAAAAUUUUACUUUUUAAAAUGCGGAGCGUUUAUUUGCAUGUUUUAUUUUUGAAGGCACGUGCAAUCUUAUUGCGAAAAGAUUGUCAUGUGUUAUCUGAUUGUAUUAAAAUCCUCUUUGCCAAUGUUAUCUUUCAACAUAGUAGUUUUGAAUAAAUGUAGAUUUUUGGCAUUCGCCAUGUCCGGAUAAUAAAAAUGAGGUUUUCCCGUAAAUGUCUAUGAAAG